GCCGAGGGCCGCGGCGCUGCGCAGGACCUGUCGCCGUGAGGGGAGUGCGCGUCGCAGCGCGGCCGGUUGCCUCCGCGGGGAACCGCGGCUGCUGUUUCAAUGGAUUUUACAAGUCCCCCGCUAUCUUUAAAAGAUAAUGGUUUUAAUAUGAUAGGCCCUGACCCUUGUGGCACAUCAAAAGAUGAGAUGGAAACACUUAAAGAAGAACUGAAGAAAUGGAAGGAAAGAGUUGAAAAAGCUGAAAAAGCAAAAGCUGACGUUUUUCUCUGUAAAUUACGUGCUGAUGACGAGUAUGUUAAAGCAGAGGAGGAGCUGAUAAAGCUAAAGGACAUGCAAGAGAAGCAGCAUAAGGACAUUAUUAUGUCUAGGGACAUCCAUGAGACAGAGCUCCGUGUACUAAAUGAAGAAAACGCUGAGCUGAAGAGAGAGAUUGAAAAGCUCAAAGAAGACCUUGCAGAAUGUAGUUCAGUGGUUCUGCGGGCUGGUCAGAUUAAAAAAAAGGUAGCAGAAAUGAAAAUGAAGUUCACUCACAUGGAAGACAUGAAGGAUGAUUAUCCAGAUAUGAAUACUCACUGUGUUUUUGGUGUAGCUACAAAAAUCCCAUUCAGACUCAAUCAAAACCAGGCACUGCUUACUUUUGAAGAUGAAGAAGUUGCCCAGAGACUGAUAAAAAUGGGUAAGCAUACUGUGAACCUGGACAACAAAGUAGCAGAAGUGAGAGUGAAGCCUUUUACACUUGAAAUGGGAAUCAAAUUCGAGCUCCAUGUCACUAUUUCUGGAAAGAAGAUCAACGUUUCAGAACUACCUGAGCUAUCCAUUCCUGAAGAGUGGAUGAGAGACAAAUUAGAGCUGAAUUUCUACAAAUCUGAACAGGGAGGUGGAGGAGAAGUAGAAAAUGUGAACUAUGACAAGCAGUCUAGAACAGCUGUUAUUACGUUCCUCAGACCUGGAGCAGCUAACGGCUUUGUGAGAUGCACUAAAUAUCCUUUCUUUGUAAAUGGGAGGUACUGUAAGCUUUCUGUUUCCCCAAACACCACCGUACACUUGGAAAAGUUGCAGCUCUAUUGUGGGAUUUCUAAGAAGACCAUUCUGUUGAAAGGAAUUCAAGAGACGGAAGACGAUGAGGAAAGUAUACAGGACAUGAUUGAAAUUCAUUUUCAAAAGCCUAGUAAUAGUGGUGGGGAAAUAGAGAAAAUCAAAUUUGUAUCAAAAGGAGUAACAUGGGUUUGGUUUGAGGAGGAUACUUAGAAUGUCAUAUAGGAAAUUGCAGAUUGAACUCAUGAAGUUCUGAGUUUUUGCUUCAUCAGAGGCAUAGGAAGUUAUGCAGACAUUGUGCUUUAAUUUUCUGAAAUUUAUACCUGAAAAAGAGGAACUACCUGUCUGUCUGAUUUGUGUAACGGCACAGACUUUGCAUAGAAAUUCAGUAAAACUCACUGCUUGGUGUUCCAGAGGCUCCUGAUGAAAGUCAUAGAAAAAGCCUUUACCAGCACUUGAAACUGAAUCUAAGAUUGCAAAUUUACAGAUUUUGUAUCUUGCAAAUUUUAGAUAGGUCACAUACUCCAAAGUGGGAUAAAUCUGUUCCUUCAUACAUUUUGGUUACAAAAGUCAUAUGUAACCCCAAUCAAAAGCGUCUUCACAGACCUGCUUUUUUUGACGUGCCAUAGCUUCAGAAGGUAGCUCUGACAGAACUCCAGUCCUGCUGAGGUUGCUUUGUGCCACCAUAACUCAAAUACCUGAAAGCAGUUAUCCUGUAAUUUCAUAAAAUCCGCAUGAUGAAAUUAGUGAUAAAAUUAAAAUAGGAAAAGGGAAAGGGAGAGUGCAAAACCACCACAGAUUUACUCAAGAAAUUGCACCUUGUAAGAAAUGCCAUAGCAGUAAUACUGCUUUUAGCUGUCGAAACGCUGUUAACUCUCCUAGGAUCUGAUGCAAAUUCUGCUGAGCUUCUGUUAAUAGCCUGGUUUAUUGUUUGAUUUUAAUAUUUGUUUGUACAAUUACAUUUUUCCUCAUUUUUGUUCAUGAUUUUGCUUACUUUAAAACAUUAUGGUUAAGAAUUGAGAUGAUUCUUUAUCUAAACCAGAUUGCUUUGUAACAAUGCCGGGGAAACAGUCUGAUGGUGAACGCUGUGUCUGAGGUACCUAUUUUGUUGCGUGUGACUGGCCAGGCUGCUGGCUCUGGGAGGGUAUGUAGAGAGGGGUCAGUUGGAAAAAGGCAUAUAGAGUUUAGGGCAAAUAAAUUUUUUAGCGUGUAAAGUCCCCCUUUGGUUUCCAGUUCAUCCUUCCAGUUCUCAUUUGAAAAGAUCUCUGAAAUAAAAUGGAAGUGCAAAGGCAGAGGUGGGUUUAUGUUCCAAGGAGGAAUGUUUUUCCUUUUCUGCUGUCGUCCUUUUUAUUUGCUACCCUUGGGGGCUGAAAUGGUUUGGCAACAAUAAUCUUAACUUCAAAGUAUCAUGGGUCUAACAUUGAAAAUAACUAAUUUUCAUAGUAUUUGACAUCUUAGUAUGCAGGAAAAGGCCAAUGCACCAAACUAGUGCAAGAAGAGCACUACAAAUAUACCUGUAUUGGGUUUGCGUGGCAAGGUUUUGGUAGCAGGGGGGCUACAGGGGUGGCUUCUGUGAGAAGCUGCCAGAAGCUUCCCCUGUGUCCGACAGAGCCAAUGCCAGCCGGCUCCAAGACGGACCCGCUGCUGGCCAAGGCUGAGCCCAUCAGCGACAGUGGUAGUGCCUCUGGGGUAACAGGUUUAAGAAAGGGAAAAAGUUACUGCGCUGCAGCAAUUGCAGCCGGAGAGAGGAGUGAGAGUAUAUGAGAGAAACAACUCUGCAGACACCGAGGUCAGUGGAGAAGGUGUUUGAAACCGGGACACGGGGAGGACGUGCUCCAUGCGCCGGAGCAGAGAUUCCCCUGCAGCCCGCGGUGAUGAAGACCAUGGUGAGGCAGGCUGUCCCCCUGCAGCCCAUGGAGGUCCACGGGGGAGCAGAUAUCCACCUGCAGCCCAUGGAGGACCCCACGCCGGAGCAGGGGGAUGCCCGAAGGAGGCUGUGACCCCAUGAGAAGCCCACGCUGGAGCAGGCUCCUGGCAGGAGCUGCGGACCCGUGGAGAGAGGAGCCCAGGCUGGAGCAGGUUUGCUGGCAGGGCUUGUGACCCCGCGGGGGACCCACGCUGGAGCAGUCUGUUCCUGAAGGACUGCACCCCGUGGGAGGGACCCCACGCUGGAGCAGAGGAAGAGUGUGAGGAGCCCUCCCCCUGAGGAGGAAGGAGCGGCAGAGACAACGUGUGAUGAACUGACCGCAGCCCCUGUUCCCUGUCCCCCUGCGCCGCUCGGGGGGAGGAGGUAGAGAAAAUCAGGAGUGAAG